UCUAGAUCUAUAUUACUUUUCUGAAAUGUUAUUUUUAAAUAAACUAUAGACUAUAAAGCUAGAUCUAGAUCUACUAGACCUAGAACUACUUGAACUAGAUUCUAUAUUUAGGAUUAUACAUCUAGAAAAGAAAUGAGCUGGGUGACUUCAUCAUUUGGAAAUUUUGGUGACAUUACUGCUCCCGAGAAACAUAAAUCAUCAUCAAACCCACAGUGUCCAUCCAAAAGUGAAUUUCAAAGAGCAUCAGCUAAAGAUGUGCUAUCCAGGAAAAGACCAAGAGAAACUCCACAUACCAGUAGAAAUCAGAGUCAAUCCAAGUCAUUUCAGAAUUUUUUGCUUCAGGCUGAAUUAUGGUCCGAAAAGUAUAAACCCACAUCCAGAGCUGAGUUGGCAAUACACAAAAAGAAAGUAGAGGAAGUUGCUGAUUGGCUCUUACAGAAUGCCUCUAAAAAUGGAAAGAAGAAGGCAGCGAUCUUAUUGAUAACAGGUCCAGCAGGGGCAGGUAAAUCUGUAUGUUUACACUUGCUAUGCAAAGAGUUGGGUCUGUCUGUUCAAGAGUGGUCCAACAAUUCAGAACUAGCUGCUGAUCAGUACAUUACUGAAGACUUCAAUAGAUCAGAAAGAUCUACAGUAGAUACCUACAGUAGCCAGUCCCAGAGUGCUUUGUUCCACAACUUCUUGCUGAGAGCUAAUAAAUAUCAGAAACUGGACAUAAUGACAUCCAGUGUUGACUCAAACCAAAACAGUGGACAAUUAAAUACUGUCAUUGUAGUCAAAGACAUCCCAAACAACUUUUUGAGAGACCCCACACAGUUUCAUACCAUUUUAAGCAAGUACCAGUCUACUGGUAGAAGUCCUCUGGUUAUAAUCAUGACGGAAUCUAACAACAGUUCUUCUAACAUCCAGAAACUUUUUCCUAAAGACUUACAACAUCAACUUUGUAUAACCAACAUAAGUUUCAACCCUGUGGCACCAACUAUAUUGUCCAAAGUCUUAACUAAAGUCAUUAACAAAGAAGUAUUACAGGGUUUAAUCAAACAACCCAGUGCCUCUGUCAUUGAGACAAUAGCCAUGUCAAGUGCAGGGGACAUGAGAUCAGCACUGAAUGCACUUCAGUUCGCCUGCAAGUUAGACACUUCUGACUUGGCAUCUUUCUGUUGUUCUACAUCCACUUCUAAAAAGAAAUCAUCCAGCACUGGAACAAAGUUCAAAUCUAAAACUUCCAAACAAACAGAUGAUAAGCUAAAUGUCUUAGUCAUUGGGGCCAAGGAUAAAAGUGUUUUUCUCUUUCACACUAUUGGCAAAGUUCUGUAUUUUAAAAGAACAGAGGCAAAUCCUUCUGAACCCAAUCUCAGGCUUCCAUCUCACUUAAAGAUUCAUGAGAGAGACCCGCUAUCUCUUCAUCCUGAGGAGAUAGUUUCCCAUACUCAUGUUUCUGCUGACUAUUUCAAUUCUUUCCUUCAUGAGAACUAUGUGGAUUUCUUGACCACAGUGGAAGAUUUGGAGAGGGCAACACAGUAUUUCAGUGAUGCUGAUUACCUCUCUGCUUUAUGGACGGCAAAAGAAGAAUUACAGGACUAUUCCCUUUCUAUAGCAAUAAGGGGCUAUAUCCAUUCCAAUACAGACUUUUGUCAUCAUGAUAGCAUCAGAAAGAACCAAGGCUGGAAGCCUUUACACAAAUCUCAUUGGUUUCAUGUUAGUAAACAGACCUGUGACAACCUUGCCUCAGCCAGACAUCUGUUUAGAGGUUACCAUUGGGAGCCAGAAGUAUUGUGCACAGAGAUUAUUCCUUACAUUGGUUUAACUAACCCAACAUUGCAUGACCCAGGUCAGAUUAGAUUUGUGCAAGAAAUGACUCAAUUCAUAAGAUCAAACAGUUUCUCAAGACCAAGGCAAGAAAGACUCAAUGAGAAUGAUGUGAUCACAGAGGAAGAUCAUUUUGAGGAGAGUGACGCAUUAGAAUCUCAGUUUCCUGUCCUAGGCAGUAAAACAGGUGUGGAUGGUGCUAGUUUAGAAGAUGAGGACACUGUAUCCAGCAGUCAAGCCAGUGUACAGAAACAGCAGCAAGAUGAGGAAGAAUUGAUCAUUGAAGAAUUUGAGGACUGAGAAAUGAAAGCAGAAUAUAAAUACUCUUUAACAAUUGAGUCUGUUACAUGUGAAAUGUUUUGUAAAAGGUACAUAGACGUGUGUUGUAAUUGGUACAUAGACAUGUUAUAUAUACAUAGACAUGAUGUGUUGUAAAUUAGGAUGGCUGGUAUUUAAAAAUGUGCAAGCAAGUUUAAAAAUGUGAUAUAUUAAGAAAUAAAACAUUGACUGUUUAAUGAA